UCUGCUGCCGAUCCGACUCCCGAGAACUUGGCCAAGGCAGACGCCUGGGUGGAUAAGGCUAUUGCCGCCGUUUUACCUCGCAUCUACCAAGGAUUCGGUGUCGUUCAACUGAUGGCUCUACGGCGCGUCGCAUGGUCGACCUUCUACUUCGACGCAAUCAUCGAUGGUGGACGAUAUGGCUUUCACACCCUUGAUGAAAAAGCAUUCCGCUUACAGCUCCCAUGUGAUGAGGGUAGAUUCCUCGGCAAUGAAGCAAUCAUCACUGAACCCCUCUCCUACGAUCAGGCCGAUAAACCCGAAACCAGUAUCCAGGGCCAACAUCCGAAAGGCUCAGCUCUCGGCAUAUCAGCCUAUCUUAUCAGAACGGCUGCUGCUAGGCGUCGCGCCCUGUUCUUUGCCUUUCGAGCAUCCCACAAGGAAAGCAGUGGGGAGAAGCUGGCUGUCGAGCUGGCUGCUUUGGAAGCAGACGUUGAGCAUGUUAUUUCUGCCCUGCCUAGGCGAUUUCAUCUUACAAACGACAACCUCUUCCUUCAUCGCGAACGCCUAGGCACCUUUAUUCUUCUCCAUGUCCUACGCCACAACCUCUUCAUCAUCGUCGGUCGAGCCUCUCUUCAAGUUUUCCAACGUGACCUAAGCAAAGCCGACCUCAUCACACAGGUGAGGCAGAAGCGCAUUUCUCAUGCGCUGCCCAUUGCGAGCCUUCUCUCAGAGGCCUUGAAGGCCGGUAUCGCACUAGAUCCUCAACUGGGAGUUCAAGCAUACAUUGCUUUAGAAACUCAAAUAUUAGUUCUGCUCUUUGAGCCUCGUCGGCUGGCAGAAAUGGACCCCUUGGUGGACCCAAAAUCUCCGCAGAUUAUGGAAGCCAUCCCCCAUUUACUUACUGUUGUUCGAAAUCUUUCUUCCCGGGCAGAGUUCGUGAAGCAUCUUUACAUUGAGGCCGUUCACCGUCUUCUACGAUUUGAUGAAUAUCAAAUUCUGGGUCAAGAAACAGCUGAGCUUGACUUCCGCGAAUUCCGCUGGGCAAAGAUCGAACGCCUACGUCGUGGUGCCAAGUAUUCGGCCAAUACAAAUCGGGACGAAGACCUUCUUGAAUAUGAUGUCGGCGGGGAUACAGCAGCCCCCUCGGCAGCACCUUCACCAAGGCUCGACGCCAUCGAUGUUAGCAGCUCCAUGAGACGUUCCUCUGCGGCUCCUUUGCCACCCUUUACCAGCUUACCAUCCACUUCCCAUGACGUGCCCGAGCCUCAUCCAAUGGAUCCAAGUGCCGUGGCACAAGUAGACCCUAAGUGGGCAUUCCCCGCCAACAUGAGUACGGAGAAUGGGCAGGCUUUCCCCCUUGAUUGGUCUUGGUUACUUGAGGAGCCUGGGCAUCAAUGGGAUGAGACUGGCGACCCAACCUUUUUUUGGAAUCAGCUACAGCAACUA